CUAUUGUUCGCUCUGUUGCACUUACAGCUAAGUGCUGUCUCGGGUUGAUUGCAAAGUGCGCGUGUUUUUUCUAUCGCUGUGCAAAAGUUUGUCACAGAAAAACUGAAACUGACUUUUUGGAGCUCUGUGGAACAGUGUGGGUCAUAAAAAAGCUGCUAAAAGCUUAAAAUUUACACUCGCUUGGAGUCAGUUAAACUUUGUGUUUUAAAUUAUUCAAAUUAUUCUCUCGGAGACAAAAGCUGCUUGCUAGCACACAGCCUGUGUCGAUUGUAAAUUUAUCGCUUAUCGCGGCGCGGUGCUGCCAUACAGUACUGCCAAAACGAGCUAAGGAAUCACGCGCAGCUCACUUCAAGUCAAACACAAAUUUUGUUUUGUCAUUGCAAGUUUGUUUCAUUUCUGGAAUUCACGAAUAAAAUGCAUCAGCAAUCACUCAAAGUACGCCCAACAGAUGUGCAUGUUCUCAAUGCAUCCGGCCGGGCUGCUUUGCCCACGGAACAAAACUGUUUGAGCCAAUUGGCGCACGUUCAUCGUUUGCGGGACUCUGAGCUGAAUUACAACGAUCACAGAUACAACAUCGACAUGCAAAUGCUGAGGAAUCGCGAAGGACUCGGUGCGCCACUCAAAAUGGGCAUGGAUCGCUUUGCGGCUCGCCAGAUUGGACGACUACCCUUUCUGCAGUCCAGCAACAUAAUGGACGAUGUCUUGACUGGUCGCUGUGAUGAGAUCUCGUUUGAAGACUUUCUCAAUCUGCCCGAAUACAAUGAGAAUUUGCGUCAACCGCAUGCCGUCGUCGAAAAGUCAAUGGGCAUUCACAUUUAAUGGCACAUAUUAAGCAACAUUUUAAACAUUACCAACUUCUAGCGAUUUAGCUGCUAAUAAAAAACAACUGGAAACCACAA